AUGGAUGCAAGGAGGAAGACAGGUGGAGCUGUUUUUGGAGCUAUUGUUGGAGGAUCUAGUUUAGAAGAAAGACAACGAUGUGCCCAAGAGGUAGCGAGGAGAAAUGUAUCAGGUUAUUGGAUUGGAGGGUUUGGGCUUGGGGAGAGCAUGAAUGAGCGCCCUGCUUUGCUUAAUGCUGUCAUUGAAACUUUGCCAGAGGAAAAGCCACGGUUAAUAUGCGGGCUUGGACUACCAGAGGAAAUAUUGCAGUGUGUUGCUGCAGGUGUUGACCUUUUUGAGUCGACGUAUAUUUACCAUCUUACACUUGGAGGCUUUGCACUUACCUUUCCGCUAGACAGCAUGGAGAUAAAUGCAUCCAAUCUUGCGUCAAGUGAUGUAGGAAGCGACCUCAGAAAAAUUAAUCUGAGAGCAACAGUGUUUAGGAAAGAUACAACACCAAUUGUCGAAGGCUGUGUAUGUUAUACAUGCCAAAAUCAUACCCGAGCCUACAUUAAUCAUCUACUCAAUGUUCAUGAAAUGUUGGCCCAAAUUCUGCUGGAAAUACAUAACACGCACCAUUUUCUGGGGUUUUUCCGAUCAAUAAGGGAAGCAAUCAAGGCAGGCCGAUUCGAGGAAUUUCGGAAGAAAUUUGUUCAAAAUGUUUUCUUGCAAGUGAAUCAUACUAUGGAGGUGUUUCCAGAGAUGACAAUGGGGAGUAGUAAAAACAACAUGAAGACGUGGCAGGGCACUUGUCCGUGAGGCGGACACCUGGGUUAGAAACAAAGGCAACAAAUUGUUUUGGAUUUCAUGGGUCAGUAUUUAAGUAGCAAGCACUUGCUCUAAUGGCCGAACAAGAAGACGGGAUCAACAAUGGCAAAUGGGCAUACUUCAAUUCUUUAUAAUGUUGACGAAGAUGAUUACAAGAACAUUUAUCAAAACCUUAAGAUCCAUACUCUCAAACCGCAAAUCACAUGAUAUUGAUGUGCUCGUGCCAUAGACAGAGCCUUUAACCUGGUUAGACGUUGGUCUAUCUGCUGGUGAUUCCACUAUCAUCUUGAGAAUCGAUCAGAGAAAUUUAUAUAUGCAUGGACAUUCGGAGAUGACGGUGUAAUGUUUUGGGAGUUUUCGGAUUCGUCUUUGAUUUUUGAUCAAUAUCUCUCUCAUAUAGCGAAAGCCAUGUGGAUGGUCACAAUUUAACUACUGGCAAAGAUGUUGUUGGAAAAUAAUGUAUUUUAUAAAGUUCAAACAUCCUACAUUGUCAAGAUAUAUGAAACAUAAAUGCCUUAUAUAUGAAAGAUAAA